GAUACCACGGCACAACGUCAUUACACAUCCGGGUCGUGCGCAUUUCAAUACGGAAGCACUUGUUGUACGCGGAAAAUACACAUUGAAAUCUUCGAAAUGGCUACCGGAGCAGAUCAGUUUGUUGGAAUGGGCCUUGUUGGCUUUAGUUUGCUGCUUUUUACUUACUACACACUUUGGGUCAUUAUUCUGCCCUUUGUUGACAGUGACCAUUUGAUCCACAAUUAUUUCCUUCCACGGGAGUAUUCUGUCAUUCUUCCUGGAGUAGCAGCAUUGUUUCUGGUCCUCUGUGUUGGUACCUUCAUAGCCGUGGUGACCUGGAGAAACCGCAAACCCAAGAAGGUGGAGUAAGAGUCGAGAGUGAUUUGUGUCUGUCACAGCACAUUAAGCUCCUAUCAAAGGGGCACCUGGAUGCAGACCCAACACAGUGGACCACAAACACCAGAGAUCACAGAUGAAAAAGGGAUGCCAAAUCUCUGACUUUUUGAGCUUAGAUGAGCUGCUUGAAAUGGCCAAAGACUGGUGGAGAAAAAAAAAGAAGAGUUUGACAGAACGGCUUUAGCACUUGACCUCAUGUUCCCUCUGUCCACCCUCUGUUCACUUGGAUCCCUGACCUAAAUGCACUUGAAUAAAUGCAGCAUAAACAUGGGCAAUCAUAGUGUUCUUAUGCAUAGAUUUACAGUGAUAGGUAAAUGUGCUGUUACGGUCUGAGUUGGCCUGUAAAAGCCCUAAAUGCCUAGUAAAUGCACUGAAUGAUGUAGAGAGGGUAUAACAAUUUAUAAAGUGUUGAUUUGUAUCUGAAUGUAAACUGGUUGAAGUGGAGACUGAGUUGUAAUAAAAUUGUUAUAUCAUGAUCAGUGAAUACUGAAUAAUUGCGACAUGAAAACAUAAAACCAUUCUAGGAUAUAAUUGUAAAGCUGUAUGAAUAUAACAUCGUUUCCACAGCCUUUUAAAUUGCAAUAAAGUUGUUAAACAUUC